AUGACGAAACAAUCUGUUGGCCUAGAAGGCUCGAUAUGGUCACCCCUCAAGCAACGACCCCGCAACGGCACGUCCUCGAAAUCGUACCCAGCGCACGACAGCUCGCGGUCACGGUCCGUCCCGCCGUCUGCGCGGCCGCCGCCACCAUCCGCGACAACAAAUCUCCCGACACCCAACAGCACACCGCUCGGGACACGCACGUCGACGACACUCUCCGCGGGUCUGUCGCCGCCGCAGGCGCUGCACCGGUUCGAGCAGGCGUGCCAGAGGCUGCGGUGGAAAUUCCUCGACCUCGAGGCCGCCUACAGGCGAGCACUGGCGCCUUCCGCAUGGGCAUUUACACCUGAAGAUGCCGAGCGCAACUUUAAAGUCGACUUCUACGAGUUUUACGCAUGGAUUGAGCAGGCGAUUGUGCUGCUGUUGCUCGUCUUUGCCGUGACAGUUCCGCGGGAGCGCAGCCGUGCCGCCGGCGGAUCAUCGACGCACGCAUAUCACCAUAAUGUGCUACGCGCACUAGACGAGGAAACGAACCCGCUGCACGAGGUUCUUGGCAAGGGGGACGUGAAUCAGGCGCUGUGGAAGGCCAAGGAGCUGCGGAAUCGGUGGAAGGACGCGGCGGAGGGACGAGAGACGCCGCCGCUAAAGAUGUAUGAUUUAUCGUGGAUCGUGGGCGAGGUGCUGCAUGGACUGGAAGGAGGAUAUACGGUCGCGAGGAGUACAGUCGCGACGGAAGAGAUUGUGGUGGAUAAUCCGGAGGAUGGCGGCGAAGGAUGGGAUUGGAUGGUUGAGACGAUGGAUUGGGAAGCAUGA